CAUCCAGCUCGUCCCAUCCAAAAUACUCACAAAAAACCUCGACCGAGUGCCUUACAGCGUUGAAUGGAAACCCGAACCCGCCGUGAAUUUUGGAUUGUGCACAAUAUCUGGAAUGAAUGUGUGGAUUUAAUCUUAUGUGAUUUGUGAUCGGCUAAAAUCCCAAUAAGUAGUGCAUUGUGAUUAUUUGUUUGUGGAUUGCCCUUCGUACCUGAACCUGUAGAAUGAUUCGAAGUGUACGCUAAAGAUGAACAAUGGGACGAGACGAGCCUUGACCGGCUCCAUUCACAAAAUUAGAGAAUUUGAACUGGAAAAAGUGAGUUUGGUUGAAGAAUUCGAUAUAUUACAAAUCGUUGGUGAGGGAUGGUUUGGAAAGAUUCUUCUUGUUGAACACAAAGCAUCGGACACUGAAAUUGUGCUGAAAGCGUUGCCUAAACCCUAUGUCUCUAUACGGGACUUUUACAGAGAGUUCCAUUACAGCCUCCACUUAGGUGCGCACCGGAAUAUUGUGACGACAUUUGAUGUGGCUUUCGAAACAGCUGGUUUUUAUGUGUUUUGCCAAGAAUAUGCGCCACUAGGUGAUCUUACAUCUAACAUGUUAGAUACGGGUAUAGGUGAAAUCCAUUCAAAGAGGGUGGCAAAACAAUUGGCUGCAGCCUUAGACCAUAUUCACCAAAGAGAACUAGUUCAUAGAGACGUUAAACUAGAUAACAUAUUAAUAUUCAAAUCAGAUUUUUCUAGAAUUAAGCUAUGCGAUUUCGGAGAAACGAGGAAGGUUAACGCGGUGGUUAGAAGACGCAAUGAAUGGUUGCCGUAUUCCCCGCCGGAAGUGUUAAAACUAUCAAUGGACAGCAGCUACAAAGCAUUAAUUACCCACGAUGUUUGGCAAUUCGGUAUAGUUUUAUUUAUUUGCCUCACCGGAUGCCUGCCUUGGCAGAAAGCUGCUUUCGACGACCCCCGCUACACAAGCUAUUACAAUUGGUACAACAGUUCGAAUCCAUUAAAGAAACAACCGAAGCUCUGGAAAAUGGUUUCCUCUAGAGCGCAGAGGAUGUUUAAAAAGUUCGUUGAACCCAGAGAAGAGAAGAGGGUUAAUAAUCUACUAGAACUGAAUCGAUAUUUAGAUGAUCGGUGGCUUGCGAAAGGAUACACAGACAGAGUCGCCGGUGAAGACAUAGACGAACUCUGUCCAUCCAUGUACAGUUUUCACAGCGACCCGAAUGAGAAAAACAUACUGCUCCAACAUUUUAGGCACAAUGGCCUCGAGACAACUGUAGACAGACAAGCCAAAAAACAAAGAAUACGAGACUGGAUACAAAAUAGUGUCAUAGAAGAAGCCGAUGAAGAGGAAGAUGCAUAUGAGCCUAGCGUGUACGAAGACAGCGAUAUAGAACUUGACCACAGACCAAGGAACUACCCAAUAGACGAUUCCCACAGAGUAACCCUUCGGUACGACACCGAAAAGCAUAUCAACCCAAGAACCGGUGAAGUCAUCGAAGGAGCGAAACCUUCAGCUCCCGAAAAAAAACCUCUAUCGUACGACGUUCAACAUAUUGAGCCCGUGGCCCCGACCGAUGUCGUGAGGCGAUACGGCCAAAAUGACGCAUCCCAAAGCUCAACAAAAGACAGCGCUUACGGAUCCAUGGAAGUUAAAGCAAAAAGAAACGCAUACAAAAACAAUCAAAAACAUUCUACAUCUCUCGAAUACGGUAUAAAUAAUCCUCCGAGUAGAUCGCUAAGUGCCACCUCUAUACAACAAAACAAGUCGCCAAUCACAAGCCACGCUCAAAGGUUUCAAAGGAGCGAAGAAGUCUAUUCAAAGGAAUUGGAAAAUUUAAAAGGAAGCUCAUCGACUCUGCAUUCUUUGGCGCACUCGUCUAGAUCUAACAGCAUCCAAGCGACACACAGCAGCUCCUUCGAUAGUCCCACAAUUGUAGGCAAUAAUGUUGCUACACAAAAUGAAAGUCCAGUAUUAUCUUCUAGUCAUAACAGCAGCUUUGAGAAGCAACAGAAUGGCUUAAUUCCUCCAAAUUCAACGAUGCAACAGCACAGGCCGUCGUAUGUAUCAAUGAAAAGCACUCCUUACGACAAUGUUUCGUUCAAAACCGAAAACUCUGAUGGAAAACCUGAAACCUCGACGGUUAAUGGGAAAAACGAGGAAAACAAGGUUAGUCCCUAUUCAUCAAUGGUGAAUAUAGUACAAGGAAAAAUGAAAAUAAAUCCCCAUCAAGAUGAUGCCAAUAAAAAUGCGAUAAGCGUUUCAGUGACGGCAGUCAAACAAAAUCAACAAAACAAAACAGGGAGAAAGAAAUCAUGAACACAACAUACCUACUUAUGAGUAUACUUAUUUGUAAUAACCCUUCAAUUCUCUAUUACAUUGGAAUCCUUUGCUUUCUUUCUUUUAUUCGAAAUAAUUCGAAUUAUUUAUCGAUACGACCAACAUGAUAAACGUUAAUUGUCGUGUAUUUGCUUCAAAGUACAAAAGUACGGUGUGCCUUUAUUGGCUGUGAUUAUGUAACCUGUAUGAAUUGUAGAAGCGGAGUGUAAGGGUCGGUCUCGAAGACUUAUUCCGAAAAAUUAUAAUGAUGAGAGAAACUAUAUAGAGUGCGAAUGGAUAAGAGUGACAUUUUAGUUAAAAAAAAGCCCGCUAAAAGUCAAACAGUAGUAUGUACCGGAUCACUCUAUCACCAAAUUUUAAUAUUCGCUUGAAAAUUUACAGUUUGAACUACAUUCGGAAUUUUCAUCUGGAACUUUCCUUAAAAAGGUUUUUUGGCUUCAGCGACGUCAUCUCAAUUUAAUCCUUUUACACUUAUAGGUACCUAGUCAGUUCAAUUUUCCAAAAGGAAAGGCUAUGGUAUGACACCAUACAGCUUAAUCUUUUAUAUCUCUAUUAUAUUUAUAUAUUCUGUUAAUAGAAAAAUAAUAUUAUGGAGUGGAUAGUCCUUUGCUAAUUUUCCGAUUUCAUGCCCUAAAAUAGUCCUCUAAUACCUCUACGCUCCAUAGUUCUGAUUUAGUAUGUAAGAAAGGGAAUGUAGGUUAUACGUAAUGUAAAGGGUGCGCUGCAGUCAAGAUCGUUCUUUGCUGGGAUUAGCUGGGAUUUAAAAUUACAAAAACGAUACCUACUAAGAGUAUUAAUAUUGCCCUUAUAGGAUGUAAGAUACUCCUAUUAUGAAUCAUUGUUUGAAUACCCGGUUAAGAUAAAUUUAAAACAUUAGUGUUACAUUCGGGAUCGAUUCACUACACCCUGUAUAUUAAACGUUGACUAACUUUGAGUUAAGAAUAGAUUACGUUAGAAUGAAGACAGAUUAGCUCUACGUUUUAAUUUUAGAUGUUGUGCGUGACUUCUGCACUAGUUUUCGUCUGCCGAUAAAGUAUAAUAGUAAUCUUUUUAGAUUUCAAUGUGAGUGACAUUCUUCGCUUCGGGUGGCAUUACCGAGAGCCCUCACAAAUAAAAAAAAAUAAAGAAACAUCUUUUUUUUUUAAGAAAUGUAUUAAAUAAAUUAAAUGAAACUUUCGUAUGAUUCGUCCGAAAUUAAGUAUAGGUACAAUAAUAUGUUUACUGGUUGGGUGAGGAAUUUUACAGUUGGUUAUUAUUUUCACAGACAUUUUAUUAAUAGAGAAAGACUGGGUAGUCUUCGUGGAAGAAAUAUAUUCUACGCUCUCCUUCUACGCAAAUCUCAAAAUAGCAUUAAUGGUUAUGGCGGG